UCAUAUAAUACAGUCAAGAGAACCUUCACUGAGAAAUUCCAACCAUGAGGAGAUAGAAAUAGACUUUAAAACACUGAAAACAACAACACUGAGAGCUAGAAAAAUAUGUUGCUGCAUGUCUAAGAAAAAGACCAUUAAAACCUCGUGGUAAGAAAAUAAUGAAGCCAAAUGAAGAACUUCAUGCACAGAAAAAACAGGAGCUGGAAAAGCAAUUAGUAGAUGUCAAUAAUCAGUUAAAUUCCAGAAAAUGCCAAACAAAAUCUGAGAAAACGCCAUCAUCCACAGCUGUUGUUGGAAUUGGUUCCCGGUUGAGAGACAGCAGCAGCAGUUCGUCAGAGUCUGAAAGUAGUAGCAGUGAUUCAGUUACUUCAGACAGCAGUGAUUCCGAAUCAGAAAUGUUACCUAAAUUUACUGAGGUGAAACAGAAUGGAACUUCUUCUAAAGAGAAAGUAAAGAUACAGUCUACUAUGCGAGAUACAACCUCUAGCACUAUUGCCCUUUUUCAUCAGACUACACAUUCAAGUGGAACCGCACCAGAUCACCACCAGUUAGCAAUUAAUCAUCAAGAAUUAGAACAUAAACCGAGUGUCAAAAACAUUUCACCUUUACAAAUCCUGCCUUUCUCAGGUGGUUCUGAAAAUCACUUGAAUGGCCUAACUGUGAUGCAUCAGUCUGGGGAUGACACAAUGGUGGUCGAGUCUGAAUGUCAAGUUUCUGUGCAGAAGGAUAUAAAAAUCAAGAAUGCUGACUCUUGGAAAAGUUUAGGCAAACCAGUUAAAACUUCAGGUGUAUGGAAAUCCUCAGAUGAGCUCUUCAACCAGUUUAGAAAAGCAGCAAUAGAGAAGGAAGUAAAAGCUCGAACACAGGAACUAAUACGGAAACAUCUGGAAAAGAAUACAACGGAACCCAAAGUACUUCAAGAAAAUCAAAGGCACCCUGGCUCCACUCUAGAAUCCUUUUCAAAUAAGAUGCCAAACAAGUGCCUUGGAGACCAGCAAAAAGAACAUCAGCAGUCAUUGGAAGUUCAAGAAAACAGUAGACUUGGGCUUCUCAAAGACCAUAAUUUAGAGCAAGAGCGGAGGAGGAGAGAAGCAAUGGCUGAUACCAUUGAUAUGACUCUUCAGUGUGACAUUAUGACAAUGUUUGAAAACAACUUUGAUUAAAACUCAGUUUUUGAA